UAUGAUUUUAGGACCAGGGUUGAACGAAGCGGCAAUCGACUACCGUCAAACUAGAUCCUGGGAAAGGCGCUAUAUAAAGUCAGCUCGGAAGAGAGUUCUCCGUUCACAAACAUCAUGGCGUUCAACAAGGUGGGGUAUCUGGUAGUAGCGGUGGCUGCUGUUGUGGCAGCCAUGCCUCCAGAGAGCCCAGCACCAGCAGCCUUCCGAAACACAGACCUCCAGCAAGAGGAAACGAAAGGGUUGGCCCAGUAUGGAUCGAGGGGUGCUUAUCCUAACCCAGAGAGUUCAAAUUUUCCUGUUACCAGUGAUCCUUCAUAUUCCGAGAGGCAACAAGACUUUCCACUCCAAGGGGGUUCAGUACAAGACCUCGGACAGAGAUUUGAAACACAGCAAGAUGCCUCUUAUGGUCCAGUCCAGGGCAAUUCUGCCCAGAGCGAAUUCAGGCAAAAUGCCAACAUUGAACAGAGGGACUAUAGAGACCAGUCCCUUGACAACCAACAGACACAAUUUCAAAACCAAAAUUACGGGCCAAAUACAUAUGAAGAUCCAUCUCAAAGGAAUAUUGACCGUUUGAAUCAAAAUUUGAACCAAGAUCUGCCUGGAACACAGCAGUACAAUCAAAGGCAAGGUAACCGGGAGCAGUUCGUUGGCCAAAUAUCAGAACUAUCUCAGCAAAAUGUGGCUACAGAGUCCUUUAGUUCUGGUUCUUUCCAGAAUCAAAGAAUCGAGAAUCAGCAAAGAAACCAGAAUCAGUUUUCAGAUAUUUCCUCAUCAGGUGCUAGAGGACCUGGUGCUGCGCCCACUAAUGUUGAAAACACCGUCAAUCAGGAGUUCCAGAGGUCAGACUCAAGAUACAGAGGCAGCCAACGAUAUGAUGACAGCCUGAAUGCUCAAGACGAUCCAAAUGUUGGUAAUUAUCAGUAUUCAUAUGACAUUCGCUCAGAAGACACUGGCGACAUGAAGUAUCAUAAGGAGAGCCGUGAUGGAAAUAAGGUAAUUGGUGAAUACAGAGUGAAGGAAGCUGAUGGAUCUAUGCGAAUUGUAAAAUACACUGCCGAUGCUGAAAACGGAUUCCAGGCAACGGUGGAGUAUGUCAUGGAGGAUGAAGAACCUGUCGAAUUCGGCGCCAAAAUGGUUCCCAAAACUACUCGCCCCAAGAACCAGAGAAACUUCGGUAACAGGAGAGUUUUUGAACCAGCCAGGAAUACUCUUGCUACCAGAGACCAUGAAAGACCUGAGAAUCUUCCACGAUCAGAGAAGGCUGAUGGUAUGUCACUCUUUUUGAAUUCACCUGCCAGUGAAGGACAAGUAAGACCUCGCCCAGGUUUUGUUGGGGACAACAGAAACUUCCAAACACAAAGAUUUGACGAAUCUUUCCAAGGAAGUCCAGAAUACCAACAAGACUCUAGGGAGUUUUCGAGCAAUAACCAAGGCUCUGAAUUCCACGAGCAGAAUAAUAAUGAAAGACAGUUUUCUCAAGGAAAUGUCAGAAGUCAGUCGCAGACAUUAGAUGAAUCUUCCCUCCAAGGACAAAGCAGGAGACCUCUCCCAUUCCAGGGUAGGGAUAGGCAGCAAUUCCAAGAUAGAAAUCAGUUCCAAACUCAAAACAAUGACCGAUUCAAUAAUCAAAACAGAAAUCAAGAAAGGUACAACUAUGAAAACCAAGAAAGUGAACAGUACCAGAAUCAAAACAGAGAACAAUUCCAGAACGAAAACAGGAACCAGUUCCAAGGAGAAGGUCAGCUACAGAGUCAGGAGAGAUAUCAGUUCGAUAACCAAGAACAGAAUCAAUUCCCAGGUGACAACAGAGAACAAUUUUCGACCCAAAACAGAAAUCGCUUCCAAAAUCAAAACAUAAAUAAUUUCCAAAAUAAUGAGAGAGAGCAAAGAAGAGAGAACCAGUUCCAGGGCCAAAAUAUAAAUACAAACCAAAGGCAGGGCUUAAACACAUUCCAGAACCAAAGACAAAAUGCUUUCCAGGGUCAAACUCAGCAUCAAGGAAGAAAUACAUUUAACGAACAAGAGAGACUGUCAUCACAGUUCCAAGAAAACUCUUUCCAGAGUCAGGAGAGGCCAAAUCCUUUAAAUAACGAUAAAAACACAUUCCGUGCCCAGUACCCUAAUGAAGAUAGCAACCAGUUCCAGCAACAGCAGCAACGUAAUCAAUACAACUCGCAAGAAAAUGCUCAAUUCUCAAAUAAUUUUCAAGCACAGGUAAAUGAACAGCUUAGCAGCCAGAGAAGGAUUCAAACCCAAGGUCAGGUUAGACAGCACUUGACAACACAAGGAGGCAAUCAGUUUCAGAACCCAGCGGAAAACAGACCCAUUCAGCAAUACAAUGAAAGACUUCAAACCCAGCGUAAUGAGUUCGAAGACUUCAGUGAAAAUCAGUACUCUAGAGAAAGGGUAGAAAACUUCCCUGGUCAGAACCAAUUCCAAAAUCAGAACAGACGCCCAGUACAGACUGGCCGUGAGCAAUUCAGAGACUCGUCGCUUUCUGGAUCACAAAAUCAGUUUAAUGAACAAAAUCUUGCCCAGUUUGCUGGUCAGAACAGAUUACAGUAUCAAAAACAGCAAAGCAACGUUGAUGGACUUCAGUCUUCACAAGAGACCGAUUCCCAAGGACAAACGUUAUGGCGUUGA